GACUGUUAGGUAACAUUAUUUCAUUCUUCAAAGGCUAAGAAGACACUAUAUAGCCUCUGAAGGAUGGAUCCCCCUCCCUUUUCUCAGUCCUCUAAGUGUUCCGCUCGAGUAGCAUCUCACAGAAGUCACAAUGCGAUUAUGGAAUGCCUUGAUCCCAACCGUUCUACUUCCUAUCGUCGCAGCUGAUUUCCACGUUCUCAUCACAUGGUGCGGUAACGCCACCGAUCGUCAUACCGAACCCGGCGGACCGGACUGGAUUUUUCUCCCAUCGGGCCAAGACACUCAGUGCGAGAAUGCAGUUGUGGCGCAAAGCCCCUCUUUCUUCGAUAUGCGCACCCCAUUCGGAUCAGACCUGACUGCUGCGCCUUGCGGUUGCAACGUUACGAUUUCCGAUGAACUUGAUAGGUGGUGGAUCACCAAGGAUGGAAAAAGCACAAACGGUCCGUGUUACCCUGUUACAUACCGUGGCGGCACUGGGAAUGCGGCGGGGUGCAUCACGGGGGCUUACAUGGACGGUAGUCUUUUUGAAUGCUUCGUUUUUGAUGUAGUCUGGUGCAAGUCCCCGGAUGACCAAUGUAACAAUUAGUACUUAAAUCUUCGGCAUCUGAGAAGCCCGAGACUUGCUUGUGUUCCCAAAAUAUGCUUGAAAUAAUCAAUCCAAUUCCCAACAAA